AUGUGGAACCUCGUGGGCGACCUCGCGGGUGCCGUGACAUCUGCGGCGGGUGCUGUCACAUCUGGGCUCACUGGCCGCGUCUGGGACGACGGCGAGGGCAAUGUGGACGAGCUCAACAAAUCUAUGGCAGGCGCAGACCUCAACAAGGGGCCGACAGGCGAGGCUCACCCGGACGAGAAGGCAAUCCAGGAGGCUAAGAGCAGUAUGUUCAACAUGGCGACAGUGCGUGAGUACGUUGGCGCGGAUGUGCUGAGCCUAUUGUCCGUGCCGGUGUUCAUCAUGGAGCCAAUGAGCAUGUUGCAGAAGAUGGGCGAAGUGCUGGAGUAUGCUGAGCUGCUGGAUGCGGCGGACGCGGCCGCCGACCCCUUGGAGCGCAUGGCGCUUGUUGCCACUUUCCUUGUGGCGCCUUUUGGCGCCGCCGAGCGCGCAUGGAAGCCCUUCAACCCAAUGCUGGGGGAGACCUUUGAGCUGGAGGGACUGGGCAAGGACAAGGACGGCCGGUUUUUCGCAGAGCAGGUCACCGCGUCCCCUCCAGUGGGCGUCGCGCACAGCGAGAGCCCACGGUGGCAGUAUGACAUCGUGAGCGCCCCCAAGACGCGCUUCCUGGGCAACUACCUGGAGGUGUUCCCCAACGGCCGCACGCGCAUCAAGCUGCUAGGCAGUGGCGAGACCUACACCCACGUGCCGCCCAACGUCAAGGUGCACAACCUCGUGCUGGGCCGCACCUGGAUCGACGCCGAGGGCGAGUUUUACGUGUACUGCCCCGAGAGCGGCGUGAAGUGCGUGCUGAACUUCACUCCCUGCGGGUGGUUCAACGCGGGGCGGUACGAGUUCGCGGGCCACGUCAUCGACAAGGGCGGCGUCAAGCGCCUGCACCUCAGCGGGCUCUGGUCCAGCCACCUGGACGCGGCGGAGUGCGGCCCAGACGGCGAGCUGCUCCCUGACGCUCCGCGCCGGCGGCUCUGGACGUGCCGUCCCAAGCCCGAGGACGACUACUACGGCAUGACCCACUUUGCGCGCCAACUCAACACUUGCGCCGACCUGCGCCUGCCGCCGCUCCCUAGCGACAGCCGGCGGCGGCCUGACCGCGAGGCGCUCGCGGGGCGCCACCUGCCGCGCGCCGCCGCUGAGAAGGGGCGCCUGGAAGCUGCGGGGCAUGCGGACGCCGCGCGCCGGGAGGAGGUCGGCUCGCAGUGGGCACCGCGGUGGUUUGAGCCCGAGGAGGGCGCGCAGCUGCUCCCAGGGGAGCUGGACACAGACUGCGUCCCCGCCUGGCGCUGGAAGGCCGGCGGAUUCGAGCGGUUGGACGGGCUGCUGGAGGCGGGCGCUGACGAGGCGUCGGCAAAGCUGCAGCAGGAGGCCGGCGCCGACGGGCAGGCGGUGCCCGAUGCGGCGGUGUGCGGCCGAGGCUUUGCGCCGUGGGAGUUCCCUGAGCUGCACGCGCACUUGCAGCAGCACGAGGACGCUUCCGCACAUGUGCAGUGA